GGGCAAUAAGGUUCGCUCAAGGUCGGCCUGUCAAGAAGCUCGCUAACCCUCUCAACUCUCUUUUGCUCUCACGCGAUGGUGGCGAUGCUUUCCGGCGAUAUUCCUCCGAACCAGACGAUCUACAUCAAAAAUCUCAACGAGAAGGUCAAAAAAGAAGAGCUGAAGCGAUCUCUUUAUGCUUUAUUCUCUCAAUAUGGGAGGAUUUUGGAUGUGGUGGCCCUGAAAACACCCAAACUUCGAGGCCAGGCAUGGGUAGUAUUUACUGAAGUUACAGCUGCUAGUAAUGCUGUACGCCAAAUGCAAAACUUUCCAUUCUAUGAUAAGCCAUUGAGGAUACAAUAUGCUAAAACAAAAUCAGAUUGUGUUGCGAAAGAAGAUGGAACAUAUGUUCCAAGAGAGAAAAAGAAGAAACAAGAAGAGAAAGCUGCUGAGAAAAAGCGUCGGGCUGAGGAGGCACAGCAAUCUGGUUCUGCUUCUAGUGGUCCAGGUGCUCAAACUAAUGGAGGGCUUCCUGGUCAAGCUUCUCGACAAGGAAGGGGAAGUUCGCAGGAGCCUGCUGCUGCUCCCAACAACAUCCUUUUCAUCCAAAACUUGCCUCAUGAAACAACAAGCAUGAUGCUGCAAAUCCUUUUCCAACAAUACCCUGGCUUCCGGGAAGUCAGGAUGAUCGAAGCAAAGCCAGGCAUCGCCUUUGUAGAGUUUGGAGAUGAUAUGCAGGCUUCCAUUGCUAUGCAGGCUCUUCAAGGGUUCAAGAUCACCCCUCAAAACCCAAUGGCGAUUACCUAUGCAAAGAAGUGAUAACCUUCCAUUGGGAUUGUCUAGUAUUCAAGAAAUUUUGAGUGUAAAACUUAAGCGCUUACUCUUAUCGAAAUGAAGGAACCAAAGACUGGAACUCGUCCACCAUUUUGUACUGGUAUAAUCGCUCCACCUACUUUUGUCUAUGCUGGUGCGGUUUGCUCGCUUAAAAGGUUUUGCUGAUUUAUUC